UUGUCAGGUGUUCAUGUAACGUUCAGGUGAAACUGUUACUGUCGGACCUUCACACGCUCCGUGUGCUUCAGUCAAACUGACACCAGCAGGGAUGAUGUUUACUUCUUGAGACAAAGAUCCUCUGCAACGUUAGAAACUACAUCUAAAGUUCUCUUGCAGCACGAUUGGCUGGUAGCGUACUAACAUGUUUAGUUCUUAAGAUCAGUCAGUUAAUUUCAAUGAUUAUUGACUUGAUCAAUCACAUCAUCUCUGUCUGUAACUACUCCUUCCUCCGGGCCUGAAGCUGACAAAGCUAACGGAGAAAACGUCCAUAGCAUGAUUCAUACUAAAAUAAUAAACUCAAAAAUCUAUUGGACAAAUCACGUUUAUUCAGCAGGGGGGAGUGGCGAGGUUUCAAGCAUGUGUCCUUCAAGCUGCAUGCAGAGAUCGCCUCCUGCUGGUCGCACAGAGAGUUUAGGUAAAUAACCUAAAUGACUGUCAAAUGUUUCAGAUUAAUUAAUAAUAUCAGCUUCAUCUGUUUAUCCUAGCUUAGCACAAACUGUUAGCUCUGUCAAUCCUGAAGAAACCAAGGAUGAACAGUCAUGUUAGUGGUCAGCAGUGACAACGUAAUAACAUUAUAACAUUUACAAUGAUUUAACAUGCUUAACUGCUACAGUUUGUUAGCUCGGUUAACAAGGAGGCUAACAUGAGCUAGCUAACGAGCAAUCAAAUUGUAUAUUAAAAGAACAUUUAAGAUGGACAUCAGUUUAACCUCUGUGUGUCCAGUACAGAGACAGGUCUGGGAUAUGUUAGCCUAGCUUAGCACAAACACUAAAAUCAGAGGGAAACUGUUAGCCGCUCUGUCAAAACAAGCAAGUUGGAAAAUUCACUCCAAAUUAAUUUGUUUUAGCAACAAUAACAAAACAUUCUUGGAUUUCAGUGGAGCUGCCAUGAGUUCUAGCAGCUUGUUGUUAUUAAUGUCCACUAACACUGGUCGCUAACAAGAUGACACUAGCGUCCACUGAGACGCAGGUUACGACAGGAAACAGGAAACACUGUCAUUGAGUCAUUUAACCGAGCUCAUUUAUGAAUUAUUGUUAUAUACAGUGAGUGUUCGUUUUAAAACUGAGAAUCAUAUCUCUACACACAACAAGACCUUUGUGCAACCAGCGCUGCAGUGAUGACACUUUAUCUGCUCAGCCUCCUCAAACUUUCAGAUUUUAAACUAAACUUUCUGUCGGUGUUGUCAUGCAAGACAAAUCUGUUUGUCGUCUGCUCUGUAUCUGAGUUCAUCUGUGAACGGGUGAUAAUCUGAUGUGUUGCAUGACGUCUUCUCUUCCGUCAUGAUUCUUAACAGUAGGAACGUCUUUAUGUCAUGUGGAUCUUUAUUUCAGAGGAAUGCAGCAUGCUCACAACCGAGCUGUGGAAAUAUAACUUGACGGGUUUCCCCGCACACGAGCCCUAGAUUUUUUUUUGCGAUAGUACAUUUUGGCUCCAGUCAAACUUGCAUGAUUGACAGCGGAAACCAGCCACUGUCCACUCCACUGAUCCUCAACGCUCCACCUGCAAACAAGAUGUGACACAAGUAACGUGCAGGAGUCUCCAGAAUCAUGUGUUGACCUAAUUCUUCUACUCUUUCUUACUGCCCAGAUGAAAAAGCCGUAGCUAGUGUGAGGAGUGCUGGGGCUGAUGCUAAGCUAAGUGAGAGGCUGGAGGCUCAGAGUUUCAGCUCUGUGUCCGUGGGACAAACAGCCCACAGUGUUGAGUUUACUCAGAUGGUCUCUCAGAGUUCCUCCGUGUCUUGGAGGACGGUUGAGAUUCAGAUGGAGAGCAUGAGCUCAGAGACGAGCUCCGAGAGCAGCUUUGAUAUCAAACUCUCAGCCAGCCCCAAACUGCUGAUGGAGAUGAGCGACGUCCGGGUGAAAAACGGCGAGAUGGCCGAGUUCAGCUGCACGUUCGACGGGCAGCCCUUCACCGGGGUGGUAUGGCAUCAUAAUGGCCAGAGCCUGGUUGACAUGGAGCGGGUGAGGAGCUCUGAGAGCAGGGGCUCAUUGUCCCUGGUCAUCCAGGGUGUUGGUGUGGCGGACCAGGGCAUGUACCGCUGCACCGCCACCAACCAACAUGGCCAGAACAGCUCCUCUGCCCGGCUCACUGUUGAAGCUAAAGAAGCAAAUCUCACAGCAGAAACCCCCAUCCCUACAGAUUCUGUACGCAAAGUGUCUCAGGCAGACAGGGAGACUCUUAGAGAUCCCCCUGAGCAAGACAAGAAGGAGGCGCUGGAGAAGCUGGGAUCAUUGCCUCCAUCUUCCCAGAGACCGUACAGUUUCAUCAGCCACCUGUAUUUCCCUGAUGUUCUGCCUCAUGACGAGCGAGGCCCCGAAUUCCUGGUCAAACUCCCCCCUGAGCUGCUGAGCAGAAACAGACACUGCGGCUCCUUGUUAUGUGUUAUGAAGGGGGUUCCCACUCCGUUUUUCACGUGGCUUUACAACCGGUUGAAUUUUGAGGAUUCUGUGUCUUUCUCUCUGAAACACGACGACCCCCUGUGCUCUGUAAAUGUUAACAAUGUGAGAUCCGGACACGGGGAAUCUCACACUUGCAAAACUGUCAGCUCAGCUGGGGAUGCUGAGAGCAGCACAGUGAUGAAAGGUUGGCAUCUGCAUGCUUUGGUCUUUAUGCUCGAUCGGGCUCUGUUUGGCCCACCACUCAUCCACACUGCUUCCCACCCACACAGCCAACAGACGCACACGCCUUCAACCAGGCAUCACUUCUUCAACAGGGUCUUAACCUCAGUGUUUAGAGGAGGUCGAUGACCUUUGCUUUACCGACUAAACCACCGACAGCGAUAAAGAGAGAGGGACACUUAUAUCACUGAGCAUUUCUCCAGAAGCCAGAGGUGCUGCUCACUAAAGGCCGACAGAAAGCAUGAGCAUCAGUUAGAGGACAGCAGCCAAACAAAUGAUGAUAUGGAUGCACGACCUGUCACUGACUCUAACUGUCUUGCUCCAUAUGAGAGUUAAUGUUCAGUUCAGUUUUUAAUUUGUCACCGUCUGUGUC